UCUGAUAUUCGAGCCUCGCCGUCGCUCAUACGCCCCGUUGGCCCGGUACGGAAAGUGCGCCAAACUUUCGGCCGAUUAUUUGAAAAAGGAACAUUUGCGAAAGGCAAGAAGGAUAGGCGUUGUCUGGCCUUCUCGGAGCUCAAACUGGCGCCAUCCAAGGACCUAGAUGAAAUCGAAAUGCAGGCAAAGCACAUCAAUUGUAAUUAAGCAAGGACAAACAAUCGAGAAAAGAGGAGGAGAAAAGAAGCUUAAAUAUCCGAAGUAGCUGCAAAAGCAACAAAUAUCUCGUACAAAUUUCCUGGCCAGCGAGCCAAGUAGCAACAAAAAAAAAGAAAAAAAUAAAUUUUUAAUUUAUUAGUUGGCUGAACUUUCCGCAAAAUGCCAGCAGGUCGAGUGGCUGGCAAAGCCGGCUACUCCAAUCACUAUUACAAUGGACGCUCGUACGUGGGCAUCAACGAGGAGAUCAUGUGGGUGAGCAUUGGCAUGGGCGUCACCAUAGUGCUCCUGAUCACGAUCGCCCUGUGCUACAUUGCCCGCGAGAAGUGCCAGAAGCGGCAGCGGGAGUACUACGUGACCGCAUAGUUGUUGUACGCGGCCUGCCAAUCGAGGGAGGAGCAGGGGCAUCCCCGGGACCAGGCCAGGAUCCCCACGGAGCGCGGGGAUCAGCCCGGC